AUGACCACCGCUUCCACCCAAGCCAGCACCAUAGGUGCCCUCUCCACAUCCAUGGCAUCAGCCUCCACCUUCGCACCCUCCUCCUCCACCUCGUCCUAUCCUAUGUCCAUCGGAUCACCACCCCAGGAGAAGCUCACGAGGCAAAACUACCUCAUGUGGAAGGCCAUUGUGCUGCCCCAAAUCAAGGGCGCGCAGAUGGGCCACCACCUCGAUCCGGAGAGCCAAGCGCCGCCGGAGACACUCACCAUCACCAAAGAUGGCAAGGAGGAGCAGAUUGCGAACUUCGCCCGCGUCCUCUGGUAUGCACAACAGCAGCAAGUCCAAGGUUUUCUGAUGGGUUCAUUGUCUCGCGAGAUUCUUGCGCAGGUGGUCACCCUUCAGACACCGGCAGAGGUAUGGGCAGCGAUCCAUGCCAUGUUUGCUGCCCAAAACCAAGCUCAAGCCAUAAACACAAGGAUUGAGCUCACCAAUCUGAAAAAAGGAAACCUGACUAUGGCGGAAUAUUUGGCCAAGAUCAAGGCGCUCUCAGAUGAGAUCGCAUGCACUGGAUCGACGAUGACAAGCGGCGAGAUUGUUUCCCAAGUCCUGGCCGGCCUCGACCUCGACUACAACCCGGUCGUGUCGGCCCUUGCUGCGCGCGUGGAGCCUGUGACCGUCCAGGAGCUGAAUACCCAAUUGCUAAGCUUUGACGCGCGCCUGAAUCUUCUUCACGGGAUGAACGUGCGGCAGUCUUCAGCUAAUGCCGCCUCUCGUGGUCGCGGGUCUGCUCGGGGGCGCGAUCACCAGGGGGGCAAGAGUCGGGGCAACAGCAGCGGCGGGCGUGGCCGCGCAGCAUUCCUGGAGCAAGGAGUAGAUGGUACCAUCUGGUACGCUGACUCAGGAGCCACCGAUCAUGUCACCAAUGAGCUCGAGAAGCUAUCCAUGAGGGAGAAGUACUUUGGCAAUGAUCAGAUUCACACCGCAAGUGGUGGAGAAUUUUAG